CCUGCCCUAGGCCUUGGCCGGCCCAGUGCCUCAUGGAGCCGGCGGGGGCAGCCCGGCCCAGCCCGGAGUUCGUGUAUCAGCUGGCCGGGGCCCUGGGCACCGAGCUGCAGGGACUCGCCAGCCGCUUCGGGUCCGAAGCGGUGGCCCGGCUGGUGCCCCAUGUGGUGCGGGCGCUGGAGCUGCUGGAGGGGGCGGCGGGUGCGACGGCGCCCCUCGAGCCCGAGGAGGAGGGGAAGGGUGCGGGGGGCCAGGCACCGAGGAGCCCCCAGCGAGAGCUGCGGAAGGAGAACGAGCAGCUCCGCGGCCAGCUGCGGGACGGCACGCGGGACGGCACGCGGGACGGCACGCGGGAGGAGCGGCUCCUGCUGCGGCAGCUGAAGCAAGUGACCGACGGGCAGCGGGACCAGCUCCGCGCGCAGAGCCGGGAGCUGCAGCUGAGGACGCAGGAGGCGGAGGCGUUGCAGGAGCAGCUGCAGAGACUCCUGCGGGUGAACGGGGAGCUCCGCUGCAAGCUGGCCGCCGUGCAGGUCCAGCUGCGGGCAGCGCUUCAGAGGGCAGCCGACGCGGAGGGGGCCUCAGCUCAGGCCGGGGCACGGGAGGCGCCCGAGGCUGUUUCCCGUCUGUCCGACGCUGAGCCUCAAGGUCAAGGGAAGCCAUCAGGCUUCAGCAGAGAGGAGGUCAGCCAGAUUCUGCAGGAGCGCAACGAGCUGAAAGCCAACGUGUUCUUGCUGCAGGAAGAGCUGAAUUAUUACCAUCGGGAGCUGCUCACUGACCAGCGGGUCCCUGGGCUCCUGCUUAAUGCUAUGAAAUUGACUGUGAAGAGACAGCGGAGAAAGAUCAAGGCCAAGAUGCUGGGGACCACUGAUGAGCCAGGGAGCAGUGACAAUGAUGAUGAUGAUGAUGAUGAAGAUGAUGACAAUGAAGCCUCAUGGCUACCACCCCCUGGUGUGGAUGGGGCAAGCCCACCUGUGCCCCCUGAAUCCAGAAUCAGGAGUUUCUUCAGCCUUUGGUAUCGGGGAAGCUCAGAGCCCUCUGCAGAAGUCCCACAAACUGGAGACCCCACCUGCUCCCAGGGGAGCUGAGGGGGGGAAGAAAAGGAGCAGCUACCUCCUCCUGAGCCCUCUGGAGGACCCCCAUGACCACCCAGUUUGACCAAGCCCUGGCUGGGUACUUUCAAUAAACAUCAUAGAGUGUUGUAUCCCUAGCCCCUUGAAUGCCUGGUAUGUAGCAGGUGCCUAAUAAAUGCUUGUUGACUGAC